AUGCAUAAACUAACAUUGAAAUUUCUAGAUCAGUCUAUUGAAUAGAAAUACUAAUAAGAAUAUUAAUCACCAAAAAGAAAAACUCAUAUUAAAAUACUCUUGUUAUUUUUUUUUGUGCUCUAGUUUAUCAAAUUAACUAUUGCGUUAAUAAAUAAAAAUUAUGCUGUAGUUUACCCUUUACUAGGAAUGAUAGCUUUUACUACUUUUUCGAAAUUCUUUAAUUUUAAUAAAGAAUAUCACUAACGAGCACUAAUCACAUACAUCAAUAUUUGUUUUUCAAUUUAUGUGAUUUUCUUUGAUCCACAUUUAGAUGCUUCAACUAUGUAUUCUAAAGGAGCACAUUAAAUGGCCGUCAACAUUAUCAAUAUAUUAGGAAUAGAAUUUGUGGAUUCAACAAUAACUAUUUUUUUAUUGUUCUCUCUUAGAUUAUUUCAUCUUAUCUAAAAUAGUUCUAUAAUUGAUAUUACUGCUGUUUUAAUGGGUUUUGGAGCAAAUUUAUCCUUGGUUAUUUUUGUAUAUUUAUAUCAUAAAGCAAUAAGAUCAUAAUUCCUCUUAACGAAAAUCGAUUAAAGAUGGGAAAAUAUACUAAAACAAAUAAUUCAUAACUAAAAAUAUAUCUUAAUCAAUUAUCAAAUUGAAAGAUUAUAAUUUUAAAGUGUUAUUUCCACUUUUUCAUAAUCUAUUUAAUCAUAAGAUGAUGUCAGGAAAUUUUUAAGGGAAGCCAAAGUAGAUAACAUUUCUUUAGAACAAUAUUUAUUUCAUAAAUUAUAAGAUUUCUCUUAAAAAUAUUUGGAAAUUGUGAAACAUUCAAUAAAUGUUAAGUUUGAUAAAUAAUUAAUAUCUCUGGAUUUUUCAAUUUUUUUUGGAAAUUAACCAACUAUUCUAAUUUAGAAUAAUUAAUAACAGGUAUAAUUUCAAAAUUAGGAAGUCUAAUAACUUUGCCUUUUGUAUUUAAAAUUGUUAACUGUUUUUAUUAAAAUUAUUAAACGAAAAAUACCUUUUGAUUAUAAUUAAUUCCAUAACUUAGCUAAUAAGGUUUAAAUUUAAGAAAUAAUCACAUCAAUAUGGAGUUAAUAAAUCAUAUUAAAAAUAAUCAGCCUUUAAAAAUCUUUAUUAAAAAUUUCAACAUUUUGUAAUCCAAAGGCUACGAUUUAAUUUGUUGGUUCAGACUUAUUCAUAAAAACUAUUCCAAAAAUAUUUUCUUUAUUAUUAGCUUGUAUAGUUGAUAGUUCCACAAGUGAAUUAAUCAUAAUUAAAGGUUAGACUAUUCAAAAGGAUUUGAAGCUAAUUAACAUAUAAGGAAAAUUCAAUAUCCAAAAAUUAAAUGGAUAUACGAGAAAAAUUAAGAACUACUUACUUCUCAUAUGCAAAGAAAUCAAAGCAUAAUAAUUCUGUAUAGUUUUUAGUUAUUUUAUUUAAGGUAUUAAUCUUGAGUUCAAUGAUGAAAUUUAUUAACCAUUUAAUAAUAUUAUAAUGCCUUAAUUGAAUUUUAAUUAUUCAAAGAAGAAGUUCCCUUAAUGA